AGAAAGAGAGAGAGAGAGAGUAGUAUAAAUAUAUUGACUAGUGUGUGUGUGUCCUAGAGAGAGAAACUCGCCGCUUUUAAGAUUUUUUUUUUUCUUUUCUGGGUUUUAAGCAGUAAAGCACUAAGCACAUAUCUCGAGCACACACAGUUAUCUCGGAGGAAGAAGAAGAAGAAGAAGAUCGAUGGAUUACGGAGAUGACGAUCGUAGCACUUCAUGGAACUGGCAAAUUGAGGAGUAUAAUCACCAACCACAGUCUCAUUACUCGGAUGUGCCUGAUUGCACAAUGACUGAAGUCGCAUUGAACCAAGAAGAUCACUCGUACAUGUUUGAUGAUGAAACCACUCCUGUGAAGGCGUGUAGCGACUUGAGUUAUCAUGUCACCACAGAUGAUACAAACAGGAAACUGGAAGUGCAUAGUGAGACACGCUCUGCUUUGAAGAGGCGUCGGAUGUUACAAUUUGAAGACCAACCUGAAACAUCCCUUUUCAGCAGUGAGAGUUUCUCUGCAAUCUUAAAAUCAAGCGCUAGAGAUGACACAUUUGAUGAGCUUUUACCCGAAGGGUCUCAGCUUAUAGAAGGGUUUUCAGAAGACGCCUCUGCCUCAAGCUUCGAGGGCCUUGAUCUGUAUGCUGAAGAGUGGUACGCUGAAUGCUUAAAUGAUGCUGAGACUCCAACCCUACCUGAUGACUUAAACUUUGGUUCACCUGAUGUCCAAGUAGACAUUUCAGAGUAUCUAAAUGUGCCACCAGAAACAGAAACCCGGAAAGUUCAGCGGCCUGUUACUCGUUCUUCUCCAAAUGUUAUCUUCAAAGCAGGUAGGAAAUCUUUUUCAAGGCCGGUUUCAAAGCAACCAUCUUCCAUCAUCUAUCCAUUUGCAUUCAUCAAACCAUGCGGAGUUCACGGUGGUAUGACUCUCAAGGACAUAAACCAGAAAAUCCGAAAUCCGCCAGCGAAACCAAAGGAACACAUAGAAGAGCCUGUAGUGAUCCAAACUUCAGCAUUCUCUGGGAAACCUGUUGUAGGGAAGACUAAAAUCCGCACCGAAGGAGGCAAAGGAAGCAUAACGAUUAUGAGGACAAGAGGCUAAAGCAAAGUUAAGUAAUUGGUCGUGAUAAGCUGAUAGAAGUAUCUAAGGUUUUAUAUUCGCUGCAAAAAAAAAAACAACUUUGAAACUUUUUGCCUUAUUCUCAGAGGCCCUUAAAUCCUUUUUGUCGGAUAUAGUUCCAGUCAAAGGGCCUUUAUCAGUACAGCGGCUAAAUACUCUUUCAAGAUCUUAUUAUAAAAUCAUCUUCUUGUUUCGUUUUGGUAUCUGUAGUAAGAAAGAGAGCUUAAGGAUCAAUCUGUAACCAAUGUGGUAGGAUACUUUUUGUUUGUAUAAAGUCCCUUGCUCUUAAUGUUA